AUUGCCCAAUAAACGGUCUGAAAAAUCAAAACAAACAAACCCUCUUGUUUCCAUGAUGAUGAACCGCUGCUCCGGCUUCCAAACAAGAAUAAUAAUGGCGCCUACCAGCCAAACGUAAGGCCCUUAAAUUUCGGUUUCUCUUUCUAUCUCUCUCUUGCGUUAAUGGCGUCCGCUGACGGCUCUUUGCCAUCGCCGGGCCGCCGGAACCUUCGCCGACUCCUACAACUCCGAACUCCAGGCGUCGAAUCUGCCGAUCAAAACCCUCUGACCUCACUUUCCUCCUCUCGACCGCCACCUCAGGAGGCGACCACUAACGUAGAUAAGAGGAAAAGCAUCGCAUCCCAGACCUUCCUCGGCCUAGGCUGCUCCUCCUCUGCUUCGUCGCAGGUAUGCGCCCCCGGAGCUGCCGCUUCCACCGUCCGCUCGUCGGCAGAUUGGCAAGGGAGGCGAACUGUGCGGCGGAGGCACAAGAAUAAGAAGAAGGAGCGGCGUUCCUCCCCCCCGGUGGCUCCAGUGGCCGACGUGUGGUGUUCCCCCGGCAUUGCCCUUGUAGCAGUGGAUGACUCGGUGGAUUGCGUGGUCUCACAACGCGAUCCGGUUGGAAGAGGGUUCAGGCGUGACAAUGAGAGGAUUUUGAGAGAGCGGACUUCUUCUGGAAGGGCUUUCUCCAGCAACGGUGAGCAGAUUUCUUUAUUGGCGGAUUCUUUCUCCUCUCUCCAAGCAUCGCUCAUUGGAUCCGAUCUCAUACCAUCUCGACAUUAUGAUCAUGUGCGAGGAUACUGCAGCCGGCCUCCAGUGGGGCUUCAAGAGAUUAUGUUGCUUGAAAAUAGAAUCUCCUUUGGACGAGGGGAUUCAUUUGAUCAAUACAGGCAUUGGCGACUUGAUGUAGACAACAUGACAUAUGAGGAGCUUCUUGAGCUUGGCGAUAAGAUAGGACAUGUUAGCACUGGAUUGAUGGAAGAAGAAAUUGCAUGUAGUAUUAGAAAAGCGAAGCACACAAUGUUUGACAGACUUUUCUCUAAUGUUACUGAUCGAAAAUGCAGCAUUUGUCAAGAGGAAUUUGAAAUGAAUAUUGAAGUGGGAAAGCUGGGGUGUGGCCAUAGUUAUCACCCUUACUGCAUAAAGAAGUGGCUUCUUCAGAAGAACGCAUGCCCUGUGUGCAAGACCAGUGUCACGAAAACCUGAUUCACCCGCAUAAUUCCGCCUGACCUCCCCAUCAAUCUUCUUCAUCAUGUAAAGCUGCUAUCUUAUAGAUAAGCAUUCAAUCAAUUCGUUGUUUGUUAUUUUAUUUUGCAGAAAAUUAAACCAUUUUAGAUGGAUGAAUUGAUGAGCUAAUGCACGCAUAUUGUUCGUAUCUUUUUUAGGAUUAAGAAAAGUUGUCUUUACCUGGGUUCGCCACCCAUACUCCAUUUCCUUUUCUGUUUGCUGCCCAAAGGG